ACAGUUACGAUGAUGGCAACUGAAACCCUAGAUACUCCGACCAAUGGCUCGACAUCGAACGUCACCGGGGAACUGAAUCCGCCGGAAGAUUGCGCAAAUGUCUCUCAUUCAUCUCCAGAUGCAACACCAGUAGGAGAUGUGGAACAAGGAGAUAAGCGUAAGAGAAUCGAAUCCGAAACCGAUGAGAAAACCGUUGCAGUUCAUCCUCUAUGGAAGACGAGUCUGUGUUCUUACUUCAGGCGGACGGGAGGUGAGUGUAGCCAUGGAGAAACGUGCCGGUAUGCUCAUGGAGAGGAGGAGCUCCGACCUCGACCGGACAAUACGUGGGACCCUACUUCUGAGAUGGCGAAGAAGUUGAAGUUAGAACAUGAAGUCAGAGAGAAACGUUCGGACGAAAGAGAUGAGGAGGUUAUGAUGACAGAGACGAUAUCGGAGGACGGUUGCUCUGAGUCUACUCUCGAUAAGUGUUUGGUGAAUCUUCCGAUGAAGUGGAGUUCAGAUAAUUUAAGGAGUUUUCUUAAUGAGCAGGGUAUUCAGUAUAAGUCAGCUAAGACAAAGAAAGGAAUGGUUGUAGGCUUUGUAAGUUUUGAAACAGCAGAGCAAGUGAAAACUGCUAUUGAGAAACUGCAGGGAAAACCGUUUGGGAAUAAAAACUUAAAGAUAGCGGAUGUCAUUCCCAGAGCAUUUGACAAAAUUGUGAAACCAGCACUGAUUUCAGACAAUUCAGACAUAUUGGAAUCAGCGAAUGAGGUUGAAGAUGGGGACUCCGUUAAUGGCAGUUCAACCCCUGGAAGUUCGGUAUUGAAGGGUAGGAGUGCCCGGGAGGUUGUGACUCCACUUGCCCAUAUGUCUUAUGCAGUUCAGCUGGAGCACAAGAAGAACUCUCUUGCGCAGACUAUGAAAAAACUUACUCGAAAUGCACGUAAAGCUUGUCCCAAUGGUGUUUCACUACCAGAUUGGAUACUUAAAUCCAGGGAAAUAGGUGGUCUUCCUUGCAAACUAGAGGGCAUAAUUGAAUCACCACUUGUAAAUGGAUACCGCAACAAAUGUGAAUUUUCUGUUGGAUAUUCUUUACAAGGAAAACCUACAGUGGGCUUUUCACUUGGGAACUUCAGGGAGGGUGUGACAGCAGUUGAAGAACCUUUAGAUUGCCCAAAUGUUUCUAGAAUUGGUUGCAAGUAUGCUGAAAUCAUGCAGAAUUUCCUACAAAUUUCACUCCUCCCUAUAUGGAACAGGAUGAAUAAUACUGGGUUUUGGCGUCAACUGACAGUCCGAGAAGGAAGGACGCCAGGCAAGAAUGCUGAGGCUGAAUCCGGCGAAGAAAACAUUUCAGAGGUCUUGCUUAUGGUUCAGAUUUGCUCAACGGGCUUCGAUAAUGAAGUUAUUAAUGUUGAACUUGAGAACAUGGCUGAAGCUUUUGUGGUGGGAGCUUCCACAAGUUCUCCAUCUUUGCCUCUUACAGUGCUGGUUGUUCAGGAUCAUCUAGGGAUAUCCAACGUAGCACCAGCUGAUGCUCCGUUGCGCACCCUGCCGCUUACCAAGGCUGUAAGUAGAUCUGUGGAGGAUUCUGAAGUUGUUGCAGAAGCAAGAAUUCAAGACUAUAUAAACAACCUUCGGUUUUGUAUAUCCCCAACAGCCUUUUUUCAGGUGAAUACCCUUGCAGCAGAGAAGCUGUAUUCGCUUGCUGGGGAUUGGGCUGGUCUGGGACCUAAUACUUUGCUUUUUGAUGUAUGCUGUGGGACUGGAACAAUUGGGCUUACUUUAGCGCACCGUGUUGGAAUGGUUGUUGGGAUUGAAAUGAAUGCUUCUGCAGUAGCUGAUGCUAAUAGGAAUGCUGAAAUAAAUGGCAUUAAGAAUUGCAGGUUUGUCUGUUCAAAGGCUGAGGAUGUGAUGGGAUCUUUACUAAAGGAGUACUUAACAAAAAAAGUAGAUAAUGAUGCUGAUAUUGGUAAUAAAGAAGAAACAAAUGCUUCUGAAGAAAAGGCUCCGGAUGCUGAAGAUAGCUCGGGGUUAAACCUUAAAGACGAGAAAGAGAGCAAUUGUGUUACUGAAAGCAGUAGUAGCAAGAUGCAUCAUUUUGAAAAUGUCGUCGCCAUUGUUGAUCCUCCCCGUGUUGGACUUCAUCCCACUGUAAUCAAAGCUCUUAGAACUCAUUCACAUUUAAGGAGGCUUGUUUACAUUUCAUGCAAUCCCGAAAGCUUAAUGGCAAACGCUAUUGAGCUUUGCACUCCGUCCGCUGAUAAAAACGAGAAAGGGAACAAGAACAAUAGAGGAUGGAGAAAUAUGAGCAGUGCUGGUUUGGCUCGCCAUCGAGCCAAAUCUAUGCCCAACUCGGAGCCGUUUCAACCGGUCAAAGCCAUGGCGGUCGAUCUUUUCCCUCACACUCCACAUUGUGAACUAGUCAUGCUUCUUGAAAGGUAAAUCUUGUUUACAAAACACCUUAUUUGUGUUUUAUUUACUUAUUUGACCACCUCCAAAAAUCAAAUAGAUAGCAAUUUUCUUGUUUUGAUAUAUUUCUUGGUAGAUUUUAGCAUAACACCAAUUAAUCAUUUUGGAUUUUGUUAACCCAUUAUAUUAUAUGGAUUCGAAUUUCGUCUUA